AUGGGUGAUGGAUUGCUUAGAGCUGACAGACAAGUUCUUCUUGAGUUAAAAAAUGGUCUUAAUGACCCCGAAAAGCAACUUUCAUCGUGGGAGGGAAGCAACUGUUGUGAAUGGCCGGGAAUAAGCUGUGAUAAUAGUAGUGGAGCUGUUAUUGCAGUUGAUCUUCAUAAUCCAUAUUCGUCUAGCAGGUAUGUAUUCUUGAACCUCAGUGGGGAAAUUACACCUUCAUUGACAAAACUGGAGUCCUUGAAACAUUUGGACUUGAGUUUUAACACAUUCAAUGGCACCAUAACUGGAUUUUUUGGAUACUUGAAAAAUUUGCAAUAUUUAAACCUCUCACAUUCUGGGUUUAGUGGCGCAGUUCCUCAAAAAUUAGGAAACCUGUCUAGCUUGCAGUAUCUUGAUGUGGAGUCUUUGAGUUUACAAGUUCAUAAUCUUGAAUGGGUAACAGGUCUUGUCUCCCUGAAGCAUCUUGUGGUGAACAAAGUUAAUCUUUCAAUUGUAGGAUUAGACUGAUUUAGGACACUAAACAAGCUCCCAACAUUAACUGAGUUGCAUCUAUCUUCCUGUAACUUAUCAGGUCCGAUUCCUCCUCUUACCUUUGUAAACUUAACUUCACUUGUUCAUCUUGAUCUUAGUUCAAACCACAUGUAUUAAAAAAUACCUUAUUGGUUUGUCAACAUUACCAGCCUUGUAACUUUAAAAAUGUCUGCCAACAAGUUGUUUGGAAGAAUCCCACUUGGGUUUAGUGAUCUGCCAAAUUUGCUUUUUUAUCUUGACAAAAAUUACAAUCUUACAGCAAGUUGCUAUCAAUUUUUUAGGGGAAGAUGGGAGAAGCUGCAUGUUCUCUAUUUAAGUUUCAAUAAACUACACAGAGAACUUCCUGCUUCAAUAGGAAACAUGACAUUUCUUACUCACUUAAAUCUUUUUGCCAAUAAUGUUAAGGGUGGGAUUCCAUGCUUUAUUGAACUUUGCAACCUGGUCUAUUUAGAUAUUGGAAGAAACAACUUGAUUGGAACUUUGCCCGAGUUCCUUGAAGGAACAGAAAGUUUCCUUUCUAGGAGGCCCCUCCCUAGUCUGCAAGAGUUGGUAUUGUCAAACAAUCACUUGGUAGGUAAAUUGCCAGAAUGGCUAGGUCAGCUCGAGAAUCUCGUUCGUCUUGAAUUGUCCAAUAACUCUCUAUAUGGUCCCAUCCCAGAAUCUUUAGGAUUACUUCAAAAUGUUUCUCAUCUGUGGCUACGAACCAAUGAGCUCAAUGGAACCCUACCAGAAAGUUUGGGACAACUUUCUAAGUUGUUAUUUUUGGAUGUUUCAUCCAAUCAUUUGGCGGGUAUGAUUAGUGAAACACAUUUUUUAAAUCAAGAUAGGUUGAUUUUUCUACAAUUGUCUUCAAACUCUUUUACCUUUAAUGUCAGUUCCAUUUGGGCUUCCCCAUUCCAAGUCUUGUAUCUUUAUAUGGGUUCAUGCAAUUUGGGUCCUUCAUUUCCUGCUUGGCUAAGUCAAAAAGAACUCAUAGAUCUGGAUAUCCCAAAUACUAGCAUUUCUGGCUCCAUUCCUUUCUGGUUUUGGGAACUUUCCUCUGCCAUAUCAUCAUUGAAUGUUUCCUAUAAUCAACUAGAAGAGCUACCGAAUCCAUUAAAAUUAAGUCAACGUGCAGUGGUUUCUUUUAGCUCCAACCUCUUCCAUGGGUCCAUUCCUAUUCCAAAUGGCAGCAUUGAGUUACUUGAUCUAUCCAAAAAUAAAUUUUCUGGUAACAUUCCGAAUAACAUAAGUGGUUCCUUGCUUUUCCUCUCCAUUUCCGACAACCACAUAAGUGGAGAAAUCCCAGCUUCUAUUGGUAACAAUCCUAAUCUUGAAGUCCUUGAUCUUUCCAACAACAGCUUAACAGGAAUUAUACCAUUAAGCAUUGCAAAUUGUUCUUUCCUGAAGUUAUUAGACCUUAGCAAAAACAAUUUAUCUGGGAAUAUUCCUGCCUCCUUGGGUCAACUAAGUAUGCUUCAAACCUUGCACCUAAGUCACAACAAAUUCUCAGAGCUUCCAGCAGUGUUAUCGAGUAUAAGUUCAUUACAAGUCCUGGACCUAGCAGAUAAUCAGUUGAAUGGCAGCAUUCCUGCUAGCUUUGGAGAUUUCAAAGCUAUGUCACAAGUCCAAAACAUUCAACAUUAAUUCUAUGGGAAGUACAUGGGCACAUAUUAUGAAGAAAACUAUGUUCUGAUAAUGAAAGACCAGUCUCUGAUGUUUAGUAAGUGUCUCUCCCUUGUAGCCUUAGAUGUCUCAGAAAACAAUUUGAGUGGUGAUCUCCCAGGAGAGUUAACAAGACUGUUGGGCUUGGUGUCUCUGAACUUGUCCAGAAACCAUAUACGUGGACAUAUUCCCGAGAAUUCCAACUUGAAGGAAUUGUCAUCACUUGAUCUCUCAAAUAAUCGGUUCUCUGGUGCAAUUCCUGAAAGCUUGAAAUCACUCUCAUUUUUGGGGUAUCUGAAUUUGUCACACAAUGACUUGUCUGGUAAGAUUCCAUAUAAAGAUCACAUGACAACUUUUGAAGCGUCCUCUUAUGGUGGAAACCAAAGCCUUUGUGGUGCUCCACUUGCUGUAAAAUGUCCUGGUGAUGAAGAUGAUGAUGAUGAUCCUGAUAAUGGAUUGGUUAUUCCCAAGGAUAAUACUAAUGGUGACAGCUUCAUUCACAAAUGGUUUUACUUGAGUACUGGAUUGGGAUUUGCUGCUGGAAUUCUAGUUCCUUAUCUAGUAAUGGCAACGAUAAAAUCUUGGGGUGAUGCCUAUUAUACUUUUGUGGAUGUGGCUGUUGAAAGGAUACUAUUCAUAUGGUUGAAAUAUAGAACCAUACUGCAGAGGAAUAGAGGGCGUCAUUAG